GGCAUUGCACUCUAGCCCUGGCCAUGGAGCGGCCGGCAUCAGGCGAGGUGCUCAUGAGCCAGGCCAUCCAGCCGGCGCACGCCACUGCCCGCGGUGAGCUGAGCGCCGGGCAGCUGCUCAAGUGGAUCGACACUACCGCCUGCCUGGCGGCUGAGAAACAUGCUGGAGUUUCCUGUGUUACAGCCUCAGUGGAUGACAUACAGUUUGAGGAGACAGCUAGAGUUGGACAAGUUAUAACCAUCAGAGCAAAAGUUACUAGAGCAUUCAGCACAAGCAUGGAGAUCAGUAUCAAGGUCAUGGUACAGGACAUGCUCACUGGCAUUGAGAAGCUUGUUAGUGUGGCUUUCUCCACAUUUGUAGCCAAACCAGUUGGAAAAGAAAAGAUUCAUUUAAAACCAGUCACACUUCUAACUGAACAAGAUCAUGUGGAACAUAAUCUGGCUGCUGAGAGAAGGAAAGUUCGAUUACAACAUGAAGAUACCUUUAACAAUUUAAUGAAGGAAAGUAGCAAGUUUGAUGAUCUCCUUUUUGAUGAAGAGGAAGGAGCGGUUUCCACAAGGGGCACCUCUGUUCAGAGCAUUGAACUGGUCCUCCCACCCCACGCAAACCAUCACGGAAAUACAUUCGGUGGCCAGAUUAUGGCUUGGAUGGAGACGGUGGCUACUAUUUCUGCAAGCCGCCUGUGUUGGGCACAUCCCUUUCUGAAGUCCAUAGAUAUGUUUAAGUUCCGGGGGCCAUCUACAGUUGGAGAUCGUCUUGUCUUCACUGCCAUUGUCAACAAUACAUUUCAGACCUGUGUUGAAGUUGGAGUUCGCGUGGAGGCCUUUGACUGUCAGGAAUGGGCUGAGGGCCGAGGGCGUCACAUCAACAGUGCUUUUCUCAUUUACAAUGCUGCUGAUGAUAAGGAAAAUCUCAUCACGUUUCCCAGAAUUCAACCCAUUUCAAAGGAUGAUUUUAGACGCUAUCGGGGAGCUAUUGCACGCAAGAGAAUUCGCCUAGGCAGGAAAUAUGUUAUUUCCCACAAAGAAGAGGUUCCACUUUGCAUACACUGGGAUAUCAGCAAGCAGGCAUCCCUGAGUGACAGCAAUGUGGAGGCCCUCAAAAAACUGGCAGCCAAAAGGGGAUGGGAGGUUACCAGCACUGUGGAAAAGAUAAAAAUAUACACUCUGGAAGAGCAUGAUGUUUUAUCUGUUUGGGUUGAAAAGCACGUGGGAAGUCCAGCACAUUUGGCUUAUCGUCUCUUGUCUGACUUUACAAAGCGACCUUUGUGGGACCCCCAUUGUGUGUAUAACACUUACACAGUGGCAGUGAAGUCGGUCAUUUUGCCGUCGGUGCCCCCGUCUCCACAGUACAUCAGAAGUGAAAUCAUAUGUGCCGGAUUUCUCAUCCAUGCUAUUGACAGCAGCUCAUGCAUUGUAUCUUACUUUAACCAUAUUUCUGCUAGCAUCCUUCCUUACUUUGCUGGAAAUCUUGGUGGCUGGUCGAAAUCCAUUGAAGAAACAGCAGCCUCUUGUAUACAGUUCUUAGAGAAUCCUCCUGAUGAUGGGUUUAUAAGCACAUUUUAAAUGGUCAACUUUCAAUUACCGGUAAUUUAAUUUCCCACUUUUAAUUCCAGACACCCUUAGCCCUGACAUUUGUCAAGCUUUUGGGCCACAAAAUAAUUAAUAUAAGCCUAAGCAAAAUGCAGUGAAAAAGUUAAAAAAUAAAAUGCAUCUUAAGUCAAAUACCAGUGAUUUGGAUUAGCAUUAAAAGAGCUUUAAAAUUCUGUUUUAAGUCAUCUGUGGCUCUGCCUCUUCCAGGGGCACAGAUAGUGGAAAAUUGCCUGUAUGCAAUACUAUGUGUUCUAUAAAAUGGCAUGAAUUUAGUUUAAAUUACCAUAAACAUUUUUAGGUUACAGAGUGAAACGUGUGUUCUGUGUGAAAUUCCAAAAAAAAAUUAUAAAAUCUAAAAUGAUGAUUUGCUAA